UUCUCAGGUCAACCCCAAAGUCUCCGGUCAACUCUUGCUCAUCGUCAUGCGCUCGUUUUCUACUUUGCUGCUUCGCCACCAUUUCAAGCGUCGCCAUUCCAUUUUGCUCCUCCUCUAACAGAAACUCAACCCUCACCGAUCCUCGCAAAAAGAAGGAACAAAUCUUUCUUAGAGAGAGAGAGAGAGAGAGAGAGAGAGAUGGGGUGCGUCGCGGUGCUCGUGUGCCUCUCCGUCCUCCUCUGCGCGCUCGCGCCGGCGACGUACGCCCUCGGCUUCCGCUGCACCUCCCAGCCUGAGGCCACUUGCCAGGCGCUGGUCGGCUACAAAUCCCCCAACACCACCACCCUCAGGUCCAUCCAGUCCCUCUUCGGCGUCAAGUACCUCCACUCCCUCCUCGCCGCCAACAACCUCAGCCCCACCGCGCCUCCCACCACCACCGUCCAGGCCCAAGACACCGUCAUCAUCCCCUUCACUUGCAGAUGCUCGAACGGGUCGGGUAUAUCGUACCCUGGCCCCGUGUACACAGUCCAGAAGGACGACGGCCUCUACUACAUCGCGUCGUUUGUGUUCUCGUACCUGCUGGUGUACCAGGACAUCCAGCUAGUGAACCACAUCGAGAACGCCAACCUCAUCAAAAUCGGGCAGCUGCUGCGGAUCCCGCUGCCGUGCAGCUGCGACCCAGUGGAUGGGCAGAGGGUGGUGCACUACGCCCACGUGGUGGCGGAGGGAAGCUCUGUGGAGGAGAUUGCCAGGAAGUUCGGCGCGCCGGAGCAGACCCUGCUGGACCUGAAUGGGUUGGCCAGCGCCAAAGAUCUCAUGGCCGACACGGCUUUCGACGUCCCUCUUAAAGCUUGUACCUCCAAGAUCGGUAACGGAUCGCUGGACGCCUCGCUGCUCGUGCCGAACGGCUCUUACGCCUUCACGGCCAACAACUGCGUGCAGUGCAGCUGUGAUUCCGUGAAUAACUGGACAUUACAAUGCCAGCCCUCCAAGAUUGCGGCUUUGGGUGAUUCGAAGUGCCCGUUGAUGCAGUGCCCGGGUGCCGAUAAUCUGACCAUCGGCAACACGACCGUGGCGUCUUGCAGCAGUGCGACGUGUUCUUAUGCCGGUUACACGAGCCAGAACACCAUCCUCACGACCCUCGACACGAAAUCCACUUGUCCCGCUCCCCCGCCCAGUUCCGGUGACAACGGCAAUCGCCACGCGGCGAAGAUAGAUAUGGGAACAUUCAGUUGGAACUUUCUCGCGAUGGCAACGUCGAUACUGCUUUCCAUGCGACGUAUUUAGCAAUAAUUCUCGGGACAGUACGUCACUGCAGUUUUGUUCUGCUAUUGUAAGGAAUAAUGAUCCUUUCCGAGUUCAUUCAGCGCAUCCGAAUCCGGAAGUUUUCCCUCGAAGAGCCAUCUCGCGCAUUUGUAUGAUGACGCACGCGCUUCAUUCGACUCACUACUGACUCCGCGAAUCCAUCACA